CGGUCUACAAUCUACCCAAGGCAUCUUUGCCCAUGUAUAGUGGCUUUCGGAUGUGGUGCCAUGGAGAGAAAACCAGACAGACCCGGGCAGGCUGUGCAGCUUCAACCGCUGGUUCAGCUCGUACGGCUGUGGUGGGUGCACCGGCGCGCGCAUCGUCACUUUUCACAACGCGAAACCCCCAGCAGGUCCUGCCUGUCCUUCUCAAACACGCCAAUAAUAGCCGACUGUCCCCGGUGAUUGUAGUCUUUUUGUGUGUCUCGGCGUUUGAACGCAACGGUGGCCUUCCGGAUUCGGGAACCUCCUUGCCCUCCACAGGCCGGAUCGACUGGUUGGCGCCCAGAUAAACCAGGAACUUAGAAGCAAGAAAGCCCGAGGCCUUGGAGAGUUUUGAACCACACUUUUGCUAUAACAAUGAUGCCCUACGG